AUGCCCGACCAGUCCCGACCACCGCUCCCACCAGCACCCUUCCCGAUCCUCACCUCGGUCCAAGCCCUGCGCGACUGGCGCACCGCCCGCUUCGCCGACAACGAGUCGGUCGGGUUCGUGCCCACCAUGGGCGCCCUCCACCAGGGGCACCUCAGCCUCGUCAAGGCCUCUCUCGCCGCCAACACCCACACGAUCGUCUCGAUCUUUGUCAACCCGGCCCAGUUUUCGCCGACCGAGGACCUGUCGACGUACCCUCGCACGCUCGAGUCGGACCUGGCCGCCCUGUCGCUCCUCGACGUCUCGGCCCUGUUCCUCCCGCCGGUCGACGCCCUGUACCCGAGCGGGAUCACGACCGACGUGACCAAGCAGGUCGGCGCGUUCGUCGAGGUCAAGGGGCUCGAUGCCGUCAUGGAGGGCAAGAGCCGACCUGGGUUCUUCAGGGGCGUCGCGACCGUCGUCCUCAAGCUGUUCAAUCUCGUCCAGCCCACGCGCGCCUACUUUGGCCAAAAAGACAUCCAGCAAGCGCUCCUCCUGCGGCGCAUGCUCGUCGACCUGCACGUCCCCUCUCCCCUCGCGCACAACCUCGUCAUCCUCCCGACCUUCCGCUCCCGCACCAGCACCAGCGACGGGGCCGGGCCUGGGCUCGCGCUGAGCAGCCGCAACGCGUACCUGAGCGCGCGCGAGCGGCCGUACGCGACCGUGCUCGUCGACGCGCUGCGGGCGGGUGAGCGCGUGUGGGAGCGCCAGAGGGGCGAGGGCGAGGGGGUUGUGUGCGUCGAGGACGUGCUCGGUGCUGCGAGGGCCCACGUCGAGGGCGUCGUCGCUCGCAUCGCUGCGUUGUCGUCCUCCCCCUCCUCCUCGUCGUCGCCCAACGGCGACUCGCCGCCCGAGCCUGAGCGCGACCAAGUGCCCCACCUCUCGCCGCUGUACUUUGCCCUCAACGACCCUCUCUCGCUCUCGGACCUCUCGGGCCACCUCGCUCGCGGCAGCGGUGGCGCCGUCUUGAGCGGCGCCGUCAUGCUCGGCAAGACGCGCUUGAUCGACAACUUGGUGUUCGAGUUUGAGCUCAACCCGGAGGAGCCGAAGCCGCGAGGGGGCGCGGGAGCGGGCGAGGGCGAGGAGCGGGUUGCCAAGUAGAGGGAGGGGUGGCAAUGGAGCGCGUGAGGCUACG